AUGGCUACUGAUCAUAGCCGGCCUAUUGUUCCUCCGCGGAUUCUCAAAACUGACUACCCCGUGAUUGAUACAGACCCACAUAUAAAACGAGUCUUCGGAUAUGCACGCCCUUCCGAUUAUGUUCUAGGGGCUGGGAUCGGUGCAUCUUCCCCAGCUCUGUUUUGGUUGAUGGAGAAAAUGCACCCUAUCAAUGCCAGUCCAGGAACAUUUGGCCGAGCUAUGCGACUGGCGACGGCCAUUGGCUUUUUUGGUGGCUUCUUCACCGUAUAUAACACAUCGUGUAAACGUUUCUACGGUUUUACAGAAAACAAACGCGAGGUCGAUAUGGAUAUGCGUGAGAUGGUCGAUAAAAUCAAGAAGGGAGAGCCUUUGUACGGAGAGUCGUCACUCUCUCCUUACAUGCAAGGGAUUGCCGCACGGAAUUCGCGAUAUUCGUCCCUAUUCAUCCAUAUCAUUCCUUGGUUCAAUUUCGUGAACCACAACCAGCACGGCGUCGACACUGCAAAGUACUAUCAACAAGCGGAACGGGAACUAGAAGCAGAACGCCAGAAGGCUCCAUCCUCGUAA